AUGUUUGGGUCCCCCACGCACUUGAGCUUUGCCCACGUGCGCUCGGACCACCUCGAUUGCGCGGGCGCAGAUGCACACCGCCACGAAUCCGCUUCUGUCGGCCAAGGAAAGGUUGCCAGGAAAAGGAAAUCCAAUACGAGCCGCUUUCGAAGAAUUGUUGUGAGAUGGUUGGGGAUUCCCAAUGGGCCAGCGCCAUGGUGA